AAACAAGUCAGAAAUUGUGAGGUUUACUUUUUGUUUCACAGCAACUGGGAACUAUAGCGGUUUCGCUUUAAACCUCAUCCCUCUCCCACCUACACCUUCUCUUCGCCCGAGCGCUGCUACUCUUUCUACUACGACUACUCACCUCGCCACACCCUCGAUUGCAUCCUCACCCGUCAUCCUCUACCGACUCUGGUCAGAUUCAGAGCACCCGCCCAAAACAAUAACAACCAGAUAUUUUGAAUGGCAAUUGUACCUUCUGGAAGUACUUGUGCUGCUCAAUGGGGCAUUCGUCCUCAGCCUAUGCUGAAGCAUGGGACAAACAAGAUGACAUCCCAAUGUUGUGUUAGAAGCAAAAUAUGCAAUUUUGGGGCACCAGCAUCAAGCUUAUUUUCUCAGGAUUCCUUGCAUGCCCUGUCAUCUUCAGUGUCAUCUCAAACUUUACAUCGCCGUAGAGGAGCAAGGUUUAUAGUUAGAGCAGAUGCUGAUUUCUAUUAUAUCCUUGGGGUGUCAAAAAACGCCAGCAAAUCUGAAAUUAAAAGCGCUUAUAGGAAGCUUGCAAGGAGUUAUCAUCCAGAUGUAAACAAAGAACCAGGGGCAGAACAGAAGUUUAAGGACAUUAGUAAUGCGUAUGAGGUUCUGUCUGAUGAUGAAAAGAGAUCCUUAUAUGACAGAUAUGGAGAGGCUGGACUUAAAGGUGCUGGUAUGGGCACCGGGGAUUUCAGCAAUCCUUUUGAUCUAUUUGAGUCGCUAUUUGAAGGGAUGGGUGGUAUGGGUGGUAUGGGUGGUAUGGGGGGAAGAUCCAGGAGUAGAGCAGCUGAUGGCCAGGACGAAUAUUACAAUCUUGUCUUGAACUUUAAGGAAGCAGUUUUUGGGGUUGAGAAAGAGAUUGAGAUAAGUCGUCUAGAGAGCUGUGGAACUUGUAAUGGUUCUGGUGCGAAACCAGGUACCACUCCUUCCAGAUGUAGCACCUGUGGUGGGCAAGGUCAGGUUGUCUCAUCAGCAAGGACACCAUUAGGUGUCUUCCAGCAAGUUAUGACAUGUUCUACUUGUGGUGGAACUGGGGAAAUGUCCACCCCUUGCAACACAUGUUCUGGGGAUGGUCGAGUUAGGCGAACAAAGCGGAUUAGUCUGAAAGUUCCAGCUGGUGUGGAUUCUGGAAGCCGAUUGAGAGUUCGAAAUGAAGGAAAUGCUGGGAGACGAGGUGGAUCUCCCGGCGACUUAUUUGUUAUUAUUGAAGUUAUCCCAGACCCUAUCCUUAAACGUGAUGACACCAACAUUUUAUACACCUGCAAGGUGUCUUACAUUGAUGCAAUUUUGGGGACUACAAUUAAGGUUCCAACAGUUGAUGGCAUGGUUGAUUUGAAGAUCCCAGCUGGUACCCAACCAAACACGACCCUUGUGAUGGCAAAGAAAGGUGUUCCUCUUCUAAAUAAAAACAACAUGAGAGGUGAUCAGCUGGUUCGAGUGCAGGUCGAAAUACCAAAAAGAUUAAGCAGUGAUGAGAAGAAGCUAAUCGAGGAACUUGCGGACCUAAGCAAGGGUAAGGCUGCAAGCAGAAGAUAGUUGUUUGUGUGGUUCGUUUAUUUAUAUCAUUACUUCAAAAUUAUACCUUGUUGGUGCAUCUUUUUUGGAAUCUGGAUGCACAUUGAGAAUUCAGCUGUUCCUCAGCCGUUGAAUCAACUGUUGGGAAACAAAGAUGCUUGGAUGGUUGUGGUCGUAGGUAGAAUUAUCUUGUGAUGAUUGUCAUCUUAACUAAAGCAGUUAACGAGGAAAGUGAAACUUUAAGGAUAUCCCCUUCCAAUAUGUACUAGUUAUAAAACUCUACAUCAUAAAAUAUUCUUUGGAAUCAGAGUAAACUUCUUAGAUGUCUUGUAUUUUUUUCCUUUCUUUUUUGUUCUGUUUGGAUACAGAAGCAAAAGUACAUUCGGUUUAGCCUGUUCUUUUCAUCCAUCAACAGUGACCUGGGUCACUAUUUUUGAUCGUUAUAAAAAAACAAUUCUUAAAGAUA